AUGGCCCUCCCAUCCUCUUGCACCGUCCUCGUCGUCGGCAGCGGGAAUGCCGGAUUCUCCGCCGCCGUCGCCGCGCGCCAAGGGGCCCAAGACGUAAUCCUCAUCGACCAAUGCCCCGAAUCAUGGGCAGGAGGCAACUCGUACUUCACAGCCGGCGCGUACAGGACCGUGCACGGUGGAAAAUCCGAUCUUCUCCCGCUCGUGAAUAACGUCGACGAGCAGACGGCGGAGGAGAUUGACAUUGAUCCGUACACAGAAGCCGACUUUUACAACGACUUGUCGCGAAUGUGCGGGGGCCGUUCCGACCCGGAGCUUGCCCGUAUCCUCGUACAGGAUUCUACGCAGGCGAUUCAGUGGUUGGCGAGCAACGGGAUUCGGUUCCAGCUCUCUUCAAUCGCCAGGCCUACAAAGUCGACGGUCGCAUUCGAUUCUGGGGGUCCGGGAUGGGAUUGUGCCAAGGUCCGGGGUACUCCGUAUAACACGGGAGACGUUCUCAACUUGGCGAUACGCGACGCGGGUGCUGCCACCGCUGGGAAUUGGUCGGGUUGCCAUAGCGUGGCCUGGGAUGCGAACGCGCCCAGUCAUGCGGGAGACCAGGAAAUCACCAACGAGUUCACCAAAUCCGGUUAUCCCCUUGGCUUAAUGUUGAACACAGCGGGUAAACGCUUCGUAGACGAAGGCGUGGAUCUCCGAAAUUUUACGUAUGCGAAAUUUGGUCGCGCGAUCUUGGGACAGCCGGACCGAAUGGCCUUUCAAGUUUGGGAUAGUAGAAUGAUCCCAUGGCUUCGAGACGAAGAGUACCGCGAAGAGAGGGUCGAACGCAUUACCGCCCCGUCCAUCACCGAGUUGGCUUCCAAGUUGGUGCCUCUUGGCCUCCGUGACCCCGAGGAAUUUAUCCGGACACUCGACGAGUACAACACUGCCGUCACAGCCUUUCAACGGGAAAAUCCGGCGGCGAAAUGGGAUCCGGCUAUCAAGGACGGCCUGUCCACUCAAUCGUCGCGUGUGAAACUGGCCCUCCCCAAGACUAACUGGGCCACCCCGUUGGACCAGGGGCCUUUCUCGCAGUGCGGGUUACUUGCGGCGUGA